AUGUGCUACCAGGUCGUCGAACGCUACGCCGUCUGCCGCUGUCUCUACCACAAGCACGCCAUCGACCCGUGCGCCCAAUACGGACAGUAUGGCCACAGCGUCCAAGAGAAGACGGUCCUCGUGGGCUACGCCUGCAGCGUCCACACCAACUACAGCUUGGCCGCCCCGUCGAGCUCCAUACACGACGGCGAGCUGCCCCCGGAUUCGGGCUACUCGAGCUUCCCGAGCCUCGACGUCUGCCACGCCCACCACCGCUACCGACGCUUCUAG